AAUAGUUUAAUCGAUACGAACAUAUCGAUAUAUUCUCGCGAUAUCGAUAUGGCAGCUUUUUCUAAAACGCCUGUAUUAUGGAGGGUAUAGCCUAUAACCUGUAUGUACAUUGGUAUUGUCUAGUGUGUUGUGUACCACGUGUUUAAUUUAUCAAAUUGUUUGAUAAUUUCUACAAAAAUGGCAGAAAACGAAAAAAGUAAGAAAAAGGAUAAGAAGAAAUCUCUUGGAGAGAUGCAACUCGCUAUGGAUUGCGAAUUAAAACCGUCUGAUGAAAAAGUUAAAUUAAAUUGCGAGGAUUGGCCACUUUUAUUUAAAAAUUUUGAUAAAAUGUUAACUCGAACAAAACAUUUUACUCCUUUAACCAGUGGUUCCACUCCUCUUAAUCGGUCAUUAGCUGAAUAUAUCAAAGGAGGUGUUAUUAAUCUUGAUAAACCUUGCAAUCCAUCUUCGCAUGAGGUCGUAGCUUGGAUUAAAAGAAUUUUGAAAGUAGAAAAGACUGGCCAUUCGGGUACUUUGGAUCCUAAAGUAUCGGGAUGCCUGAUAGUUUGCAUUGAUAGAGCAACGAGAUUGGCAAAGUCUCAACAAUCUGCAGGAAAAGAGUAUGUGGGAGUAUUUAAACUCCAUUCAGCACCUGAAAGUGUUGCAAAAGUACAACAAGCAUUGGAAAAAUUACGUGGUGCAUUGUUCCAAAGACCUCCUCUUAUAUCUGCAGUCAAACGUCAAUUGCGUGUUAGAACCGUAUAUGAUAGCAAGUUUUUAGAUUAUGACGAAGAACGUAAUAUGGGAGUUUUUCACAUCAAAUGUGAAGCUGGUACAUAUAUUAGAACUAUAUGUGUACAUCUUGGACUUUUCUUGGGUACCGGUUGUCAAAUGCAAGAUUUACGAAGAGUUCGUUCUGGUAUUCAAUCUGAAGAGGAUAAUAUGGUUACUAUGCAUGAUAUUCUUGAUGCUCAAUGGUUAUAUGAAAAUCAUGGGGAUGAAUCUUAUUUGAGAAGAAUUAUUAAGCCACUGGAAUCUCUUCUAGUAAACCAUAAAAGAAUAAUUGUCAAAGAUAGUACAGUAAAUGCUAUUUGUUAUGGAGCUAAAUUAAUGAUACCUGGUAUAUUGAUGUAUGAUCCUGAUAUUCAAAUGAAUCAAGAAAUUGUACUUGUUUCAACAAAAGGCGAAGCUAUAGCACUUGCUAUAGCAUUAAUGACUUCAUCAACAAUUGUCACUUGUGAUCAUGGAGUAGCAGCUAAAAUUAAACGUGUUAUCAUGGAGAGGGAUACAUAUCCAAGAAAAUGGGGUUUGGGACCUAAGGCAUCUGUUAAAAAGCAAAUGAUUAUUCAAGGAAAAUUGGAUAAACAUGGUAAACCUAACGAGAAUACACCAUCUGAUUGGUUACAGAAUUAUACUGAUUAUACUGCAACAGCUGAAUUUAAGUUUGAAAAUAAUGAAUCAGUAGUUGUUGGUAAAAAAAGGAAAUAUGAUGAAACAAGUCUUGCAAAAACUUCUACAGAAACUCCUACAAAUACUUGUACAGAAAUUCGUACAGAAAUUCCUACAGAAACUCCUACAGAAACUCCUACAGAAACUCUUAUGACAGAAGGUGAAAUCAAAAAAGAAAGUGAAGAUCAAAAUGUAUCAUUAACAAAAGAGAAAAAGAAAGAAAAGAAAGAAAAAAAGAAGAAAAAAGAAAAGAAAGAACAAGAUGCACAAGGUGAUGAAUCUACAACAGUAUCUGAAAAGAUAGAAGAUGAAAAUAUGAUGGAUAUAUCUAUAAAAGAAGAAAAGAAAAAAAAAAAAUAUUUUUAA